CCUCCAUCUCAUGCACACACCUUUUCUCCAUCGGUUCCUUCCACCUCGAACAAUUUAGAGUGCCGCUCGCAGACUCAGCCAUGGUGGUCUUGGCCAACACCAUCCCCCUCCUCCGCUCUCCCAAGGCCUGUGCCUAUUUCUCCAGCGUCCCCGUCGUGGACCUCUCCGAGCCCGGCGCCGCGGAGGCAAUCGUGAGCGCCUGCGGGGAGUUCGGCUUCUUCAAGGUCGCCGGUCACGGCAUUCCCAUGGAGCUCAUGCAGCGGCUGGAGUUGGAGGCGCUCCGCUUCUUCCACUCGCCGCAGGCUGAGAAGGAGAAGGCCGGCGUGGCCAACCCGUUCGGCUACGGCAAUAAGCGAAUUGGUCCCAAUGGCGACGUCGGCUGGGUGGAGUACCUACUCUUUGCCGUCACCGCCGAUCCCUCCGCUUACGCUUGCAUGGACUACUCUUUUCGCUCGGCUUUGAUGGAGUACUUGCUGGGUGUGAGGAAGCUCGCUAGUGAGGUUCUGGAACUAAUGGCGGACGGGUUAAAGCUCAAACAAAGAGAGGCUCUCAGUAAUCUAGUGUUGGGAGAUGAAAGUGAUGGACUCAUUAGGCUGAAUCACUACCCGAAAUUUCCUUUGCUGGAGAGGCUCAAUUGCAGCUUGACAGGGUUCGGCGAACACACGGAUCCCCAACUGAUUUCCAUACUGAGGUCGAACAACAGCACGGGGCUACAAAUUUCGCUGAGAGACGGGAGCUGGGUCUCAGUCCCACCGGACAACGAGUCCUUCUUCAUCAUCGUCGGCGACACUCUCCAGGUGCUGACGAAUGGGAGGUUCAAGAGCGUGAGGCACAGGGUGUUGGCCAACGGAUCUAAGUCGCGGGUGUCGAUGAUCUACUUCUUUGGGCCUGCGCCGACGGAGAAGAUUGUGCCAUUAGGAGAGGUGAUGGGAGAGAGAGCAGAACCGAGCAAGUACAGAGAGUUCACAUGGAGCGAGUACAAGAAGGCUGCCUACAAGACAAAACUGGGGGACUACAGGUUGGGCCAGUUCGAGAAGUAGCGAGGAUGGGGGAGGAGGAUUCAUUGACGGAUUGGCUGAGCAGCUUUUUAUUAGGGUGGUCAAAGAGCAGAGAAUGAACUGAUUGGUGCACUGAUACAUCUGCAUCUCCUUUCUUCUUCUUCUUCGUCUUAAUUUGUUUCCUCUGUUUUUUUUUUUUUUUAUUAUUGUUGUUGUUAUCUCUAUUUUACUAGCAGACGCCAGACGCCAGACGCCAGACGCCAUGUGUAUUAAGCAGAGCAGGCAAAGAUAUGCUUGUCUCUGUCUUCCUUAGAAAUACUACUGGAGCAGUGAGUUAAUUGGUGAAGGAAGAGAGAUUCUUCACAGAAGAAAGGGACGUGUUGGGAAAACAAGUCAUUCAAGUAAAUAACAAGUGCCUGCCUACACAGCAAAAGGACGGAAUCAUUUCAUGCAUUAAUUCUUCUGACAUCAAACCGUGAGUGAAUGAAUCCGGAUGAUUUGAUCUCUGCGUUGUCCGUC